GAGACAGACAUUUGCAGCCUCUCAUCAGCUUCCUGGCUAUGCCCCCACACCUCAACCAACCGGUCUCUCGGGAAUAUUUGACACUAGUGUGAAUAGUGACAGCACUAACACUAAAGAGUCUUCUGUGAUGAAUUUUCUUUCCUCUGUUGAGUCACGAGCUACACAAGCUGCUUCUUCAGGAACUACUCUUUUACCACAGUUCAGGACUCCAUCCUGGCAGACAGGCAUGCAUUCCUCAGCAGCAACUGAGUUGUUUGUUACUGGACCUUUGCCAACCACUGGAACACUUCCACCUUCUGCCCUCUCAGCUUACCAGCAUCCCACCGCCUUUAACAACAGAAACUUUGCUACCACCUCACCUUUGGUGCUUCAGGAUUCAAGUUUUAACACUGCAGCAAAUGGAAUUUUAAAUCCUCAUGACCCUUUGCUACAAAUUAAAACUUCCCAGGGAACUGUUCCAACUGCUUUGGCAUUUGAACGCCUGGGCAGUUCUGCAUUAAGUAACAGCUUACCACCUCAGUCUUCGACAUAUCGCUCAGCUCAAGAAUCUGCACCCCAUCUUUUACAACCUCAAUUUAGUUUGUUGCCUUCAGCUCUUGGGGGAGCCCAGCAAACUCCUCAAGCCUACAGUUCUACUAUCUUUUCUAGUUCUACUGCUUCCAUUGAAAGAGCUCUCCGAGAAUGUAGUGUUAUUAAACACCAUCAGCGGCCUUCAGGUACCCAGUCUAUUCAGGCACAACUGACUGGUUCACAGCAUUCCUUACAUAGUUACCUGUCAAAUGCAAACGUAGUUAAUUUUCAGGAAACAUCUAGGCAGUCAUCGUUACCUUGUAGUCCAAUUGGAGAGUCUACUCAGGUGAGCAAUGGAGUAUUGCAACAGAAGACCCCCCAGGUGUCGGAUCUUGCUCAGUCUUACUCUUCGGCAGUUCCAUCAUCAGGGUAUCCUUCUACUACAAAAGUAGAUAGCUGCUCUACAAAACUACCACUGACAUCAACUAAGACUCCAAAACCUCAAAGCUUAAUUCCUCCUGUGCAAACACUAAGCUAUUCCAAACCUUUACAUAACCAGAGUUCUGUAGUAUCAGGUCAAGCACAAAUUUAUUCUACAGCACAGCUACCAAGCCUUUUAUCAGUUAGUCAGUCCCAAAAUUAUGGUUUAGUACAGCCACAUAAUGUGCCAUCUAUUGUGCACUCACAGGUUUAUAGGUCCAACAGGGUUGAGAAAUUGCCAUCCUUAUAUAAAACAUUGGCUUAUUCUUUGUCAUCUCAGCCUAUAACUUCUGAAAACCAGACACUUAGUUAUUCAUCUAGUCAGCAAGAAGUAUUAUCUUCAAUUACAAAUGAGAAUUACCCAGCUCAAACAACAGAUCUAUGCUCAGUCAGUCAAUCUCAAAGUUACUCAUCUGGUCAUUCUCAGGGUUUAUCACCAGUUAGUCCAACACGGGUCAGUUAUUCAUCUCAAUCGCAAAUUCUGUCAGUCAGUCCAUCAGAAAGCUACGCAUCAGGGCAGUCCCUGACUUUAACAGCCCCCUCCCUUUCUUAUUCUUCUGCUUCUCGGGCUCAGAACUUGUCAGAUUCUAAUGCAACCCCAAAUUACAUUUCUAUGCAUUCUUCCCAAAAUGCUCAGACUCAAGAAUCAUCAUCACCCCAAGCACAAAAGUUUUUGCCUGCUGUACAGUCAUCAUCUUUUGCAUCUUCUCCUCAUUGUCAGACCUUACCGAGUAAUAUACCUUCCCCUGAUCCAAAGUCCUAUGCUGAAAGAAAACUUGACUCAACUGUGUAUACGUCUUCAAAGCAAGAAGAUGAUUUUCCAAUGCAAGAGUUACAAACGUUACAGCCACAGGCAUCUCUUGACUCAUCAAACCAAAGGCUGUCUGAUGGAGAAGUGAAUGCUCAAGAACCCAUUUAUAAGGCAUCCAAGGCAGAUGACAGCUAUUCUCAAAGUGUAAUCAGAAGUAAUUCCCAUCUUGAAGAUCAAGUUGUUGGGAUUACUCUACAGGGAUCAAAAAAGGAAGAAAACAUAGUUGGUUCAGUGACUCAACUUAACCAACAAAUUGGCCAACCCAAUAAUGCAGCAACCCCUGAUCUCAAAAAGGCAACCAGUUUGAUGCAAACACCACAAAUGAGGUUGAAUAAUAAAGACCUGAGCCAGCAGCAUUCUCUUACACAUAAACUACAUGAGGCCAAGGUGCAAGAACAGCAUGAUCAAAUAAUUAAUGCCUCAUCUCAGAUUCAAAUUCCAAAUCAUGCUUUAGGGCAUACUCAUCAGGCAUCUCUUCCUAAUGCACAGGUCCUUUUAGAUUCUGCCUGUGAUUUACAGGUUCUUCAGCAUUCAAUAUUACAGGCAGGCUUAGGACAAGUAAAGUCAUCUUUACAGCGUGUUCAGAGUCCUCAACAAAUAGUACAUCCUUUCCUUCAAAUGGAUGGCCAUAUUAUUCAGAGCAAUGGUGAUCAUUCUCAGCAGCCACUCCACCCUCAAAAUUCAGAGAUUAUGAAAUUAGACCUCUCUGAGUCUUCAAAACCACUACAACAGCAUCUAACAACAAAGGGCCAUUUCAGUGAAACAAAUCAACAUGAUUCUAAGAGUCAGUUUGUUUCUCUUGGAUCAAUAUGUUUCCCAGAGGCAAUGCUUCUCAGUGAUGAAAGAAAUAUUUUAUCAAAUGUAGAUGAUAUCUUAGCAGCUACAGCAGUAGCUUGUGGAGUUACACCUGAUUUUUCCAAGUCAACUUCAAAUGAUACUAUGCAGACUGUUGAAGGUGGUGAUCCUAAAUCUCAUUUUCAGCAGUCAUUAGAUGUCAGGCAUGUGACUUCAGAUUUUAACUCAAUAACAGCUACAGUAGGGAAGCCACAAAAUAUAAAUGACAUUGCCUUAAAUGGAAAUCAGGUUACUGUAAACCUUUCACCGGUACCUACCCUUCAGUCAAAAAUAACUCUUGAUCAACAGCACAUUGAAACACCUGGUCAAAAUAUGCCAACUAAAGUAACUUGUGCAGUGGUUGGACCAAGUCAUGAAGUCCAACAGCAAAGUUCUGGGUCCUUCAAGAAACAGUCUGCUACCAAUCAUGAGUCUGAAGAAGACAAUGAAGUUCCUGUUGAUAGUACAUUAAAUAAUAACAGAAACCAAGAGUUUGUUUCUAGCAGUAGGAGUAUAAGUGGAGAGAGUGCUACAUCAGAGAAUGAGUUUACCUUAGGGAGUGAUGACAGUAUGUCAGUGAACCCCACUAGGAGUGCACUUGCACUGUUAGCUAUGGCCCAGCCUGUUGACACAACCACUGCCAAGGUUGAAGAGGAAAACCAAGAUUUAAUACAGUUUAGCCUCCCAAAGAAAAAAGGUAAAGGAAAAGGGCAAAUGAAAGAGGAAGACAAUAGUAAUCAAAAACAGCUAAAAAGAUCUGCCCAAGGUAAACGCCAGAAUCCCAGGGGAACAGAUCCAUAUUUACCAUAUACAUCACCUUCCUCAGAGAGCUGCCAUGAAGGCUAUCAGCAUCAGGAAAAAAUGAGACAGAAGAUCAAAGAAGUAGAGGAAAAACAGCCAGAAGUAAAAACAGGAUUUAUUGCCUCUUUCUUAGAUUUUCUGAAAUCUGGGCCCAAGCAGCAGUUUUCCACUCUUGCUGUCCGCAUGCCUAACAGGACCAGACGACCAGGGACCCAGAUUGUUCGUAGUGUUUGUCCCCCACCACUUCCAAAGACCUCAUCCACAUCACCAAUGCCUUCAGUUUCAGAAACUGGGAGUGUCAGUCCAACAGAAAAGGCUGAUAAUGAACUGAGAAACUUGGAAAACUUACCUUCAUUUUCUUCUGAUGAGGAAGAUCCUGGAGUGUGCACUCAUGAUAUCUAUAAAAGCAUUUCUGCUCCCUUAACUGCAUUGGAUGCUACUGCUGAUAAAACAAAGAAGACAGUUUCAGAUGCCCUACCAGUGGCAACUCGUAGCCCAUCUACCAGUACUACUAGUACUGCUGCUGUUUCCUCCACCACUGUUGGUGCAGCUAAGCAAGAACUUCACUCUACUUCAUCUGCAACAAACAUCCUGGAAAAUAUAAACUGCACCGAACCCCCAAAGCCUGAACUUGAUGGUCUUCCUUCAGACCAGUUUGCGAAAGGACAGGACACUGUUGCCAUAGAAGGUUUUACAGAUGAGGAGAACACAGAAAGUGGAGGAGAAGGCCAAUAUAGAGAGCGUGAUGAAUUUGUGGUAAAGAUAGAAGACAUAGAGACAUUUAAGGAAGCUUUAAAGAUAGGAAAAGAACCUCCAGCUAUUUGGAAAGUACAAAAAGCUUUAUUGCAGAAAUUUGUUCCCGAAAUUCGAGAUGGUCAAAGAGAAUUUGCUGCUACAAAUAGUUACCUUGGAUAUUUUGGAGAUGCAAAGACUAAAUACAAAAGGAUAUAUGUGAAGUUCAUUGAAAAUGCAAACAAAAAAGAAUAUGUCAGAGUAUGUUCUAAAAAGCCAAGAAGUAAGCCUUCACAAACUAUCAGAACUGUUCAGGCCAAGCCAUGUAAUAGCAAUAAAACUUCGGAUCCUCCAACAUCAAAAAUGACUACAACUUCAAAAGCUCCUUCCAUGAAACCCAAAGUUAAACAGCUAAAAAUAAAAGCUGAGCCACCACCAAAGAAACGGAAGAAAUGGAAAGAAGAGUUUUCAUCCUCGCAAUCUGACUCGUCUCCUGAGGUCCAUUCUAGCAGUAGUGAUGACGGGGAAUUUGAUCCUCCAGCUCCCUUUGUCACUCGGUUUUUGAACACAAGAGCAAUGAAGGAAACUUUUAAGAGUUACAUGGAAUUGCUUGUUAGCAUUGCUCUGGAUCCUGACACGAUGCAAGCCUUAGAGAAGAGCAAUGAUGAACUACUUUUACCUCAUAUGAAAAAGAUUGAUGGCAUGCUAAAUGACAACCGGAAAAGACUUCUUUUGAAUCUUCAUUUGGAUCAAUCAUUUAAGACUGCUUUGGAAAGUUUUCCUGAACUAACAAUAAUUACUCGAGACUCUAAAGCAAAAACUGGAGGAUCAGCUAUUUCUAAAAUCAAAAUGAAUGGCAAAGCUUAUAAUAAGAAAACUCUAAGAACUUCCAAAACAACUGCUAAAUCUGCUCAAGAGUUUGCUGUUGAUCCAGAGAAAAUACAGUUGUAUUCUCUGUAUCAUUCACUCCAUCAUUAUAAAUAUCAUGUGUAUCUGAUAUGUAAGAAUGAGAUUUCUUCUGUGCAGAAAAAAAAUGAAGACUUAGGACAGGAGGAAAUUGUUCAACUUUGUAUGAAAAAUGCAAAAUGGGUGGAGGACCUAUUUGAAAAAUUUGGAGAACUUCUAAACCAUGUACAGCAGAAAUGCUCCUAACAUUUCCACAAACACCCCACCAUUUUUAUAGCACUAAUGAAAUGGCGGAGGGGGUCAUCACAGGUGGUCGUCCAACAGCGGUGCGGGCAUGACAGCUUCCAUCAGCGAACUUUCACCGGGACUUCGGCUAAAGACAGAGGUGCUGCCACAGAUGUCAGUCCUUAGACAUCACCUUAGUCCCACCACAUUUUUAUCCUAAUGAAUGGUUUCUAUUUUGUUAAACCAUUGGGUAACUGAGUUUUGUUUUUUACAAAUGAUGAAGCAUGCACUAAAUAUAACUUUUAUUGCCAGAGAAAUGACACUUAAUUUGAUUUUUUUACCCUCCCUAACUGAUUAAAUGUCAGAAUGAGAGACAUGGCAGAGUCACCUCCGCUUGAGCCACAAAACCGAAAGUAUUGUACAUUGUGUAAACAGAUCUGGUAGGACAUGACAUCCUUGUGUGAGAAUAUCAUCAAUUUAAAAUAUAAAAUUCAGAAACUGCAUUCUGCUUUAUGGACUCUUUAACAUGUUCAGGAAACUGGAUGUGGAAUCGGUGCAAUUCUAUGACUGCUUUUUGUGUCAAAUUAUAUUGUGAUGAAAAACAGUGACAUACUAUUUUCCCUAUCACAAAGAAAAGUAUUUUCGUUUAUACUGUGUCUUUUCCUUUGGAAGAUUUUCAGCUGUACAUUUUAUUUUACUAAUAGUUGUAUUUUUCACAAGGAAAAUGCUGUGGUUAUAAUUAUGCCUCUAUAUCUGUACUGUACUUCAUCGUUUUCAGUAAAUCCUAUUUAGUCAUAUGUCAAAUAUCUAUCGUGAAUUCUAUCUUGAGGUAAUCAUUUUUGUUCAUGCAGGUUUGUUCCAGUGUUACUCACAAUGUGCACUCAGUGCUAGAAUUAGUUUAGCUUUAUAUAUGGGGCUGUGUUAAACACUGCAGCAGUUUUCUUAAUUCAUUUCCAUAAAUUUUUUACUAAAUUAGCACUUGAUAUAAACUGAUUUGUCAAAGUAAAAAUCUGCAUGAUACAUGUUGAAACAUGGAACUAGUAAUCAGAUAAUAUGCAGUGCUACGAACAGCUUCCCUAACUUAGAACUGGAAAUGGAAUUCUCCUUUUGGUGCCUUUUAACCUUUAUACACACUAUCGUAGCUUUCUUAAGUUCAAUAGCUAAUAUUCCAAGCAGUUUAGCUGAGACAGUGAAUAUACUGGUUCAACAAGACCUUAUAUUUCAUUUACAUUUGCCAAACAGGAUGCCUUAUUUGUUUAUGGAAAAGAUUUACUAGUGUCAUUCUAAAUUAUCUCCUGUUUUAGAAGUCAAAGAAAUUGUAGUCAUCAUACUUUUGUUUGUUUUACCACCAUUUAGUGCCUUAAAUCCUGUCAAGAAAAAGCGUUACUGUUCAGUGCCCAAGUAAGACAUGCUUAUGUGGAUAUUUCUAGUAUCUUAAUAUUGAGUUAGCAGGCCAACUGGAGUGGUCAAAUAAUUGAAUAUGCCACUUGACUUGAGAAUAAAACAUUGUAGCAUUGGGUAAAAAUGAAUAUUUGAAUUAAGCUUACAUAUUUAUUUCUGAAGGUUAUUUUAUUGAAAGCAAUAAUUCUUAGUGCUUGUACCUGCCAUUAAACAAAGUACUCAAUAAUGGAAGUUUCUUAAUGGUUCAAAUGUUCCACUUCUUAAAGUUCUUUUUUAACUUAUUUUGUAAAACGAAAGUAACCAUUAGAUUUACUUUGCCUAACUCAUAUAAAAGAUGCAGAGAAUAUGCACAGUGGAAGAAUCAUAAAAUUAAUUUUACAUAUGGAGAAGAGCAGGAAGCAGCCAUAUUUCUUUCUUGUUAGACUUGGCUUCCAAAGUGCAGAAUAGGAAGCUACAUUUCCCAACAGUGUGGUAGAUCUUCCCAUUACUUCCCUGGCUUACCUUGAAGAAUAGAUGGUUUUAAGUAUUUUUAAAACUCAUCAUGCAUUUGAGUAACUUGAAGUAGAUGACCGAACUUUAAGCCCAUGGACAACAAAGAUGUUUCCUUAAAUUUUAAUCUUGUUUCCCAUAGAAAAUAAUCUCUUUCCUUUUGGACUGCAGUUGUCCUCAAAGUGUUUACAAUUUUAGUUGUGUUAGCAAAACACAUGUUUUCAUAAUGAGAGGCCAAGUCCUAUAACACUGACUCAGAGAAACAGACCCUGUUAUUCAGAUGCACCAUCUUGCUUGUUCCAUAUCACAUAGGAGAACAUCAGCCUCAAGCCUUAGAGAAAAGUGGGACUACACACAAGAACUUCUCAUAUGAAGUCACAUAAAUAUAGUUGGUUAGCAUUACAUUCCUUGCCAGGGCAUUUGAAAUUUAUAAUAUAGGAAUACUGUUAGGUUGUAAAUAGACUUACAGAGGUAAAGCAUAUGUUGCUAUAACCGAGGAAAAUAUUUUUAAGAAAGAUUGGAUUUUUCCUACCUAUAGAGAUCUGGAAAUAAUUUAAUGUAAAAAGUCAUUAUGUGUUGGUAUUCAUUACUAGUUCAGAUGAGUGGUUGGAGAAGGCUUUCUGGCCACUUUCAUUAAAAGUUCCAGUUUCCACUUAUUUGAUCACCUUCGGAAAUCAUGAUUUUAUGACUUAAGCAUUAUUGCAGCAAGUUGAACUAAGAACUCACUUUUCCUUUGAACCUAUGCCAUAGGAAUCACUGGUCUUACAGGAGGAAAUAUAAAUUGCAUUUUAUAGUAGUGAAGAAGAUUUCAGAUUAUUUUAAAAUUCCAAAUUUCUGAAUGUUCAUGGGUAGACUCAAGCAUUAGGACUGUUGCCAAAAUGUCCCAUUUAAAACUAUAACUAGCCUCAUAGUAUACAUAUUUAAAGCAGUUUUAUUCCAGCCCAUGUCUGUAACCAGUGCAGCAGCAUUGUUUAUUGAAGCAGCUUUCCGAAAAGUUGUUUCAGUUGUGUAAGUGAUGAAUUUUAUUGCAGUGGUACAAUAGGAUUUUCAUUUUAGUCUUUAUUUCCAUCUGUUUUACAAAAAUACUUUUCAGAUAGAGUAUAAUAGCCCAGGAAAGCUGCUUCUGUGUCAGAUAUACUUGACACACAACUGCACAAAUGAACAAUGUGUAUACUACUGUGCAUUAACUUACAUGCACAGCUUUGGACAUCUGUGUUCGCAAAUGCAUGUUACUGCAAAUCACAUUUAUUUGUAAGUGACAAUAAUUGAAGUUAAGGAUACAAAGAAACUUGCAUUUGUAGUCCAGAGUUUUCAAUUGGUCCAUAAUACAAUGUAUGGAAAUGUGAAUGACAAUUUUGUAUAUUUGUUUGUUACUAACUCAGAUCAUUAAAAUGAAAGCAUUUUUUUAAACAA